AGACAUUGACAUGACAAGUUACGUUUCCUUGGAAACAUCUUCUCCGUGCUUUUUUCCUUGAUUCCCCCCUUCUCUCUCUCUGCCACCCGAAGAAAAACCGCAUCGAAAAAUCGCAUCUCUUCCUAGAGACGGUGGAAUAUGGCGAUGGCUGAUGGCCAUCCGUUCCUCAUGCGUGCCAUGGAGGUCUACAUCCGGAGACCGGAGUUACGCCUGGCCGGUUGCCGGCGAGGACCUCACCGGCCGUGCAAACGGCGUCCCGGAGGAACCUGGCGAUUACUGGCGGUUGCGGACAGCAAGAACUCCAGUGGUACCUUCUAUCUGUUCUGAGAUCCGUUCCCCUUAUGAAUACCAUUGACACGACAACCCUCCAGCGAGCAACACGGUGACGAUUCAUUGAUUUCAGAUGAGCUCUUACGACUGUCAAUACACCCAGACUUGAGCCUCAGGACGCCCUCACGCCAGCCCCACUCGCUCCUCGGUCCUCUUCCGCAGGCGCACACCAUCGUCCUCCACCAGCCGCCACCGCCGAUCCGCCGGUCACCCCCACACCAUCCGACCAACGGCGACCCCCUCCCCACCUCACUACCGGCCACCUAGUGUGUAGGCCUCCCCGGGCGGCCACCCCGACCCCGACCCCGACCCCACCACCGGCGACCCAGCCACUCCAUCACCGGCGACCCGGCCUCUCCCACCACCACCGGCGAUCUAGUCUCUCCAACUCCACCACCGCCGAUCCAGCCACUCCCACCAUCGGCCCCCCUCCUCCCACCCCCCACCACCUCUUCCCACCCCCCACCACAGGAGCGUCAGCUUAACCCUAGGUUGUUCAAAUGGUUGGACGACGCCAGACUGCCAAGAGUACUCCUUCUAGUGGCCAUGAAGGGAGGAUGACUGAUCCCAAGUAUCCUGAGCUGACACCUCUCCUUGAGAUGGUGCACAGGAGGAGGGUUGAGAGGGAAGCGGUUGAGGCUGAAAUGGCGUCCAGAAAAAAGAGAGGGGCUGAGCUCAAGAAACCCACACAAGGUGGGGCUCCCGGGGAGGAAGAACAGAGCGAACUGAGAACUGUUCUGGAGUCGGCGUCACGUCGAUUGGGCAGCGGCGGUGGACAUGAUGUAAAAAGGGACAUGCUGGCACUGUUUGAGGCAUCAAUUAGGGUGGCUUCUAAGAGGCAAAGCAAGAUGACAGAUAUUCCGCAUUUUUACUUACCUGAGAAAGCCACCUUUGCUGAUCUCAUGAAACUAAAAAUGGAGAAGCUUCAGCGCUAUGAAAGUGUAAAAUCGUUCGACAUCGAAGGUCUAUCACCUGUGACGCCCCCCACAGAACUGGACACAUAUCAGAUUAUCGAUAUCACCCGUCCAAGUGACACUGACCCUGAAAAGGCAAUAUCAGUGGCCCAAAUUCUAUCCCGUGAAACAGACAAUUACUUUGCUGCAGUGCGGCCAACUCCUGAUCCUACAGCGGCUGGAGGGUUUUUUGUAUUCUCCAAUAUUAUUUUGCCAUGGUUCUUUGGAAAAUGUCAUCAAAUGUCUUGUAGUUCGAGAUAUGCGAAGAUAGAGAAUAUGCAGGUUUGUCGUGAUAGCAUAUACUUGUUGGUUGAAGAAAUCCUCCGCCUUGAUGAUGAGAACUGCAAGCAUAUUACUGGUUACAUGAUAUCGCUGCUCGAAAUAGGAAUGUUCUUGUUUGGAGAAUUUCCUAGAAUGCAAGGACCAGUUGAUCUACUCCAGGACAAUUUUGACUUGGAUCUCAUCAUUCAUUUGACAGCUGAAGUUCUGUUUGAUAUGAGAAACUGGUCGUAUCUCUCGAAGACGGGAUUUGCAUUUUAUCUCGGAAUGGUAGAAACAUGGUUAGAUGUGAUUGGGCACAAGGAAACGUUUCUGGCAGGUUGGAAGAAGAUGACUGCCGCGGUGACCAAAUUUGAAAAGAGUGGACACAAGCUGGACCUCCUUGGUGCCAAUGGUUAUUUCUCUUUGAGAAAACUGGUCGGGAACCGAUUGCAUCUUCUAAAGUUUGACGAAGAAUAUGUGAAGAGACUAAUAAUCAGAAAAUGUAGGCAACACAAGGGAAGAAUGGAAGCCUUGAAAGAAGAUACCAAUCAAGUUCAGUUGAAAGACCAUGAGGGAGAGAAUAAGAAUGGAGAGACGGUGGAGCCGGAAAUUGCUGAUGAUCUGGCUUGGAAAAAGGCUAAGAAAGAAUAUGAGUAUUGGUUGAGCUUGAUGGUUGAAGACAGAGAUAUGCUGAUCAAAGUUCUCUGUGAGCUGAAUGUGGAUCUGUUUGACAAGGAUCAGAGUGAAGUUCCCAGAGUUGUAUGGUAGCAUGCACGUUGCAUACAAUGCUCGGCCUGGACCUUUACCACCCCAAGGUUACACGUAUCUUUCCUGGCCACAGUCUCUUCAGCUGUAUGGUGGAGCGCCUAUUUUUGACAGUGCCCAUCCUGGAUCUUUUCCGCAAGCUCACGCACACCCUUCUCGGCCACAGUCUCUUCAGCUGUAUGGUGGGGUACCUACUGCUAACAGUGCCCAGGCUGGAUCUCUUCCGCAAGGUUACGCACAUGUUUCUCGGCCACAGCCGUAUGGUGGGGUGCCUACUUCUAACAGUGCCCAGCCUGGAUCUUCUCCGCAAGGUUACGCACAACCUUGUCGGCCACAGCAAUAUCGAAGAUGAAACCAGUAGGUAGCUGCUGAUAUUGAUGAUGCGCUGCAAUUUUGAAGCCUGCAGCAAUUAUCGUUUUGUGGUCUGCUAACCAGGCCAACAGCAGGUCAUGUACACCCAUGUGUUUCCUGCUGCAGUGUAACUUAGUUAGACGGUGAUUGCCCCUGGAUGAUGCAGAUGUAUGCCUGAGUCUGUUUUUCUUCUUCUGGGUACUGUUUGUCUUCAUUAUAUCUUUGCUCAGAGCAUCCAAGACUGAAGUAGUCUGGGUGAUUGCCCCUGGAUGAUGCACAUCGCCCACCUUUCAUAUUUGCUACUCCUAUCCAAAAUAAGAGUCAGCAACUUUGAACGAAGGUUAAACUCAACCCAAGUUCAAAGCUGCGGCGCUUAUUUUGGAUCGGAGGAAGUGGUUAAAAUUUGCGCUGUUUAUCAUGUGAACAUGCUAGUUAGAAAUCUCUCCGGCAUAGUGCUUUGUUGGAUACCAGAAUGUACCAUGUACGUAGAACUUUGCAUGGUCCAUGGUUGUUCUGUAUAUGUGUUCCAAUCUGGGGAUUCCUAGAGAAAGUUAUAUAUUUAUAU